UUCCUCCUCAGUCGUCGCCAACAUGGCCGCCGCGGCUGCUUCCUCGUCGGCCUCUGGCGCCUCUUCUUCCUCCUCCUCCGGCCCGGGAGGCUCGAGCUCAUCCGGGCCCGGGGGAAGCGGAGGGUCUGCCUCCUCAGGCCUCACGGCCUCGCUGACAGGGACCAUGAACAGGAAGAAGAAGCCUUUCCUGGGCAUGCCUGCGCCGCUGGGCUACGUGCCAGGCCUAGGCCGCGGUGCUACGGGUUUUACUACCCGCUCAGAUAUUGGUCCUGCUCGAGAUGCAAAUGACCCUGUGGACGAUCGUCAUGCUCCACCCGGGAAGAGAACUGUUGGGGAUCAGAUGAAGAAAAAUCAGGCAGCAGAUGAUGAUGAUGAAGAUCUCAAUGAUACCAAUUAUGAUGAGUUUAAUGGAUAUGCUGGGAGUCUGUUCUCAAGUGGGCCUUAUGAAAAAGAUGAUGAGGAAGCUGAUGCGAUUUAUGCUGCUUUGGAUAAAAGAAUGGAUGAAAGGCGAAAAGAGAGAAGAGAACAACGUGAGAAGGAGGAGAUCGAAAAGUACAGAAUGGAGCGACCCAAAAUUCAGCAGCAAUUCUCAGAUCUGAAAAGAAAACUGGCUGAAGUUACUGAGGAGGAGUGGCUGAGUAUUCCUGAAGUUGGUGAUGCUAGGAACAAACGCCAAAGGAAUCCACGUUAUGAGAAACUGACUCCUGUUCCAGACAGCUUCUUUGCAAAGCACUUGCAGUCAGGGGAGAACCAUACAUCUGUGGAUCCUCGCCAGACGCAAUUUGGUGGUCUGAAUACACCCUAUCCUGGGGGCUUAAACACUCCUUAUCCAGGUGGAAUGACUCCAGGAUUGAUGACCCCUGGAACAGGUGAACUGGACAUGAGGAAGAUUGGACAAGCUAGGAACACCUUGAUGGACAUGCGACUUAGCCAGGUGUCUGACUCUGUGAGCGGCCAAACAGUGGUGGAUCCCAAGGGUUACCUCACUGACUUGAACUCGAUGAUUCCCACACAUGGUGGAGAUAUCAAUGACAUCAAAAAAGCACGUUUACUUCUGAAGUCGGUACGAGAGACUAAUCCUCACCACCCACCAGCCUGGAUUGCUUCUGCACGCUUGGAAGAAGUGACUGGCAAGCUGCAGGUUGCUCGAAAUCUCAUCAUGAAAGGGACAGAAAUGUGCCCCAAGAGUGAAGAUGUGUGGCUUGAAGCUGCCCGUUUGCAACCUGGAGAUACUGCCAAGGCUGUGGUGGCCCAGGCUGUUCGCCACCUUCCACAGUCAGUGCGAAUUUAUAUCAGGGCAGCAGAAUUGGAGACUGAUAUUCGAGCAAAGAAGCGUGUCCUUCGAAAAGCACUAGAGCAUGUUCCAAACUCUGUCCGCUUGUGGAAAGCAGCUGUGGAGUUGGAAGAGCCUGAGGAUGCCAGAAUAAUGCUCAGCCGAGCUGUGGAGUGCUGCCCCACAAGUGUAGAACUGUGGCUGGCCUUGGCAAGGUUGGAGACCUAUGAAAAUGCCCGUAAAGUCUUAAACAAGGCCCGUGAAAACAUCCCAACUGACAGGCACAUCUGGAUCACAGCUGCCAAACUCGAGGAGGCCAAUGGGAACACACAGAUGGUGGAGAAGAUUAUAGAUCGAGCCAUCACUUCGUUAAGGGCAAACGGAGUGGAAAUAAACCGGGAGCAGUGGAUCCAGGAUGCUGAAGAGUGUGAUAAAGCAGGGAGCGUAGCAACAUGCCAAGCGAUUAUGAGAGCUGUGAUAGGAAUCGGCAUUGAGGAAGAGGAUCGGAAGCACACUUGGAUGGAAGAUGCAGAUAGUUGCGUUGCUCACAAUGCCCUGGAGUGUGCCCGUGCAAUCUAUGCUUAUGCCUUACAAGUUUUUCCCAGCAAGAAAAGUGUCUGGUUGCGAGCGGCCUAUUUUGAAAAGAACCAUGGAACCAGGGAAUCUUUGGAGGCUCUUUUGCAGAGGGCUGUAGCUCACUGCCCCAAAGCAGAGGUCCUCUGGCUGAUGGGGGCCAAAUCAAAAUGGCUUGCUGGAGACGUCCCUGCCGCUCGGAGUAUUCUGGCUUUGGCUUUCCAGGCCAACCCCAACAGUGAAGAGAUUUGGCUGGCUGCUGUGAAGCUGGAAUCUGAAAACAAUGAAUAUGAAAGAGCAAGGAGGUUGUUGGCAAAGGCUCGAAGCAGUGCCCCAACAGCCCGGGUCUUCAUGAAGUCGGUCAAAUUGGAAUGGGUGCUUGGAAACAUUGCUGCAGCUCAGGAACUCUGUGAGGAAGCCCUGAGGCACUACGAAGAUUUCCCCAAGCUGUGGAUGAUGAAGGGACAGAUUGAAGAGCAGGAAGAACUGAUAGAAAAAGCUCGAGAUGCCUACAACCAAGGGCUGAAGAAGUGCCCUGGCUCCAUACCUCUUUGGCUCUUGCUGUCCAGGUUGGAAGAGAAGGUUGGCCAGCUCACCCGUGCCAGAGCCAUCUUGGAAAAGUCUCGCUUAAAGAAUCCAAAGAACCAAGAUCUGUGGUUGGAAUCUGUGCGAUUAGAAUACAGAGCUGGCCUGAAAAACAUUGCUAAUACACUGAUGGCAAAGGCACUCCAAGAGUGUCCCAAUUCUGGAAUCCUGUGGUCAGAAGCUAUCUUUUUAGAAGCCAGGCCCCAAAGGAAGACCAAGAGUGUGGAUGCGCUGAAGAAAUGUGAGCAUGACCCACAUGUCCUUCUGGCUGUGGCCAAAUUGUUCUGGAGCGAGCGUAAAAUAACCAAGGCGCGUGAGUGGUUCCAUCGGACUGUGAAGAUCGACUCUGACCUGGGGGAUGCUUGGGCUUUCUUCUACAAGUUCGAGCUACAACAUGGCACAGAGGAGCAGCAAGAAGAGGUGAGGAAGCGUUGUGAAAACGCUGAGCCCCGUCACGGAGAGCUGUGGUGUGAGGUCUCCAAGGACAUCAACAACUGGCAGAGCAAGAUUGGUGAAAUCCUGGUGCUGGUGGCGGCAAAGAUCAAGAAUACCUUUUAGGCCAGAGGCCGUAUGGACUUGUGUCUCAAGCAGGGUGAGGGGACCCAGCUUCUUCCUUCCACACACAUGUGGGGACUUUUGUCUCUAGGUGGAAGGCGUUUGGAGGAGAAAUCAACAGGGGAAAAUAGGAUGAGGUUUCCUGGUUUAAAGGGAAGCCCAAGUUUUUACCCUGGCACUUUUUUUUGUAGUGAGCAGGUAGCAGCUGUGAGAAAACCAGCACUUUCGUGGGAGAGUGCUUUGUCUGACCCCACGCCUCAGGGUUGUUAAAUAACAGGAGAAACUUCAGAGUGCAGAUAGGGAAGGCAGCUUUAUUCAGACUCCUGAGCAGCAGCCCUGGUGUUCUUUGUGUCUCAGGGUCUCUGGCAGAUGAGCUGUCCCUCUGGGCCUUUCUGCUUCCUAAAGUUCAAUUUGUCUUGUUGAUGUCCUCAACACAAGUCAUUUCCCGUGACCGAUAAAGGAGACAGAGCAGUCUAUUUUUGUACAGUAGAGAUGAAAACCCAUUUUCUGGUGGGGCUCAGUGGAGAGCCCUGAGAACUUGGAAUUUUGUAAGGGUAUGUGUUAUUUGGAAGAGGGGUGACUAGGGGUCAGUCUUGUCACAAGAUAACAUGUUUCAGACUUAGUAGAGAAUUAGAACUGUUUUGUCUUAGCCAUAUAAGCCUGACUGUAUGGCGUCCCUACAAUUGCAACAUUUCAUAGGUCAAUGGCUACUAUCAGGAGCUGCAAAUGUUGACCACAAUAAACUCAGGACAGGGCAAAACGCCUUAAUGAGACAAAGCUUCAUCGGUUUUCCAUGGAAUUGGAAAUAAGAUACUUUUGUGACAGUUGAUUUUGGGAAUGAACGUGUCAUUCUUGUAGGAGAGGAAUGUCACAUUACUUAAUAUAAUCGAAAACACACCUUGGAGAGAGAUCACUGUAUUUGGUGUAAGCCUCCACUAGCAACCAGGCAGACAUUUAUAAGAAGAGUCUUAUGGUUGGAAUAAUGUAGACAAAAUCUCUCGGUUUCAAUACAGUCUAAGAGGAACAGCUCUAUUGAAGUUGUACUGGAAUGAAUGGGUGUCACACACCAUCAAUUGUGUGUCUUCUCUAUAGUUACAGUAAAUUCUCUAAUAUUUAGAUUCAAUUCAUAGUAUGGCUGUUGCUCACACCCUCCUACCACCAAUGUCCCAAAGCAUUCCUAGUUUUGGAUAAAGCAACCGAUUCCCAUCCCAGUGGCAGUGCAGUCAAAAUAUCUUGGUGUAUUAGGAUAUGUCCAGUGUUUCUGCAUGGCAACUUGGUUUUUUUUUAGUAGUCUGUGACCAUUGUACAUAAUAUGAAACUGUAAAAUACAACCUUUUUUGUUCUUUGUGAUA